AUGGAGAUGAACAUCUCAGCUACUUUAAAUGUCUUCCGGCUCCUGACAAGACCAUCACUAUGCCUCCCGCAUGCUACAAUCUCGACCUUCAACCAGCUGCCUGUUCCGCUGAACUCGGCAUUUGGCAAGCAUAAGGAUGUAGAUAUUAGAGCUGUAGUGCUGGAUAAAGAUAACUGCUUUGCGGUACCGCACGAGAAUGAUGUUUAUGGGGCUUAUGAGAAAAAGUUCGCCCAGCUCCGCGCUGCCUACCCCAACCACCGGCUCCUAAUCGUCUCUAACACGGCGGGAUCCUCUUCGGACCCCUCCCUCUCCCUCUCCAGCGCCGUCCAGAAAAGCACCGGCGUCCACGUCCUCCCGCACAGCACCAAGAAGCCUGGGUGCGGCGAGGAGAUCAUGGCGUACUUCCGCGCGCACCCCGAGACGGGCGUCACGCGACCGGAGCACAUCGCCGUGGUGGGCGACCGGCUAACGACCGACGUCGUGAUGGCGAAUCUGAUGGGCGGGUACGCCGUCUGGGUGCGUGACGGGGUUGUGAAGAGGGAGGAGACGAGCGUGUUCGCGAGGAUGGAGCAGCGCUUCGGCGACUUCCUCCUGAAGCGAGGAUACGAAGCCCCAGAUCCGGCUAGGAACCCAUUCAAUUCCUGA